AUGUCCGGUGGUAGACCAAGACAACACAUCAAGAAGCCAGAUGUUGGUGCCAGAGACAAAAAGUUGGAGCCAUUGAACGUUCAAUUGAAAAAGAUUGACCAAGAUAUCGCAUUGAUCAGGCAACAAAUCGACAACACCGACUUUUCCGAAAGCGCCAAGAGCUCAAAAGAGAAGUUGCAAACUGAAUUAAAGGAGAUUAUCAAGACUCAAUCUGAUUUGAAGAACAAGAGGCAACAAAUUCAUGAUCAAAUCAAGUUUUUGGACGGUCAAAUCAAGCGUAAGUCUGGUGAAAUCAACGACUUGGUUGGUAAGAACAAGAGAUUCCAAAACGUUGGUCAAAUCAAACAAAGAUUGGCCGAAAUUGACGAUGAGAUUGCUUCUGGUGAUUUGUCUUUGGUCGAAGAAAGAUUGAGAGUCAAGGAGAUGCAAAACUUGCACAAGUUGAGUAAAGAUUUCCAAGUUGUUGAGCCAAUUAGAAAGUCCAUAGAAGAGGAAAGAGCACAAAUCGAUGAACUAAAGAAGCAAUUGAAUGAAUUGAACCCAAGAGAUGUUGCCACCAAGUUCGAAACUGUUCAAGCUCAAAUCAAUGAAUUGAACUCCAAAAACCAGGUCGUCUACGACAAGAGAAAGACUUUGAUGGCUAAACGUUCCGCUUUGUACAACAAGCGUGAAGAGAUCUACGCCCAAAUCAGAAAGAUUAGAGGCGAUUUCGACAACGAAUUCAAAAACUUCAAGAAGAAGAUGGAUGAAGAACGUUUGAAACGUGAAGAAGACGAGAAAUUGUCGAAGAUCCUAGAAGAAAAGGAUGAAAAGGUUGGUAAAUUAAAGGAGAACUUAAAUAAUGCCAAGAAGCCUGCUUUCACUUUUGAGUUAGAAGCUAUCGAAAACGCCUUGACUGUCUUAGACCCAACCUACGUGAAGCCUUCCCAUAGCAUUUUCGAAAACGACUCAAGCGCCUCCCAAACUGCUACCCCAGCAAAGGCUGUUAACUCAGAAGGUUUGGUUCCUAUCGUUAAGAAGAAGGAAGAAUUCUUUUCGGGUUCUGCUGUCUCUAAAUCUAAAAAGCAUAAGAAGAAGAACCAAUCUACCAAGUUCUCUUUGGAACCAUCAAUGAUUGCUUUACUAGCCGAAUUGGAUAUCAAGGUCCCAUUAUCUAAGGAAGAUGUUCCAGCCACUGUUGAACAGUUGAAGGCUAAGCAUGAAGAACUAACCGCUAAGCAACCUGAAGCUACUGAAAAGAACAUUGCAGAAGCUGAAGAAAAGCUUAAGAAGUUAGAAUUGGAAUAUGAAGCUAAGGAACAAAAAGUCAAGGAUGAAAUUGAAGCCAAGAAAAUCAAGGAGCAACAAGAGAAAGAAGCCGCCGCUGCCGCCGCAGCUUAA